UCGUCGUCUUCUCCUCCAUGGCCAACUACAUCCAUGUCCCGCCGGGCUCGCCUGAGGUACCCAAGCUGGACAUCUUCGUCAGCGAGAGGGACCCUUCAGGCGGCGGCAAGCCGGGCUACCGCCGCGGGGCCCUGGAGCUGCUCCGCCGGCUUAGGCCCGACUGGAAGCCCGAGGAGGUGACGCUGAAGAUGUGCCUGACUAAAGAUGAAUUCCUAGCCUUUCAUAGCUGGAAAAUAACAGACUGUAAAUGUAGUCUUAUAUUCCCUUCUUCAGUUUCUUUUCAAAGAACCUCACAUAUCCAAUUUCUUUUGUACUACAUAUAUAAAAUACUUUUUAAAAAUGUUCUCA